AAAUGAAAAAGGUAUUAACGAUAAGCUUUCUUAAACGUAAACCAAAAUCAAAGCCACUGUUUGUGACAUUAUGUAUAAAGAUCAGUCUCCUUUUACCAAGCCUUCGCUUCUUUCAAACCCUCACUACAAAAUCACCGUUGCCACCGCCACCAACCCUCCGCCGAUCCUCAACUCUCCUUCCCGCCAUGAGCCUCUUCUGCCCAAUCCAAACGCUUCGCCUAUCUUCCCUUCCUCCUUCUUGGCCCCAGCUCGCCUCAUGUUAACUAUGGUGUCGUGGCUCCGCACACGCCGCCGCCGAUGUUUUUUCCUUUUGCUUUGCUCCCCUAUUCUCAUCCCCUUCCUCUGCGCCACUUUCCCCCUCAUUUGUUUGGCUGAAAUCUGUUUUCGCAUUUGUUGGAGGAGUAGCGGAGGAAAGGCUGCGGCAGCGGCGCAAGAAGAUGAGGAGAAUCGGCUGCGGCAGUGUGAAGAAGCUCCUUGCGGGGAAGGAGAAGGAAGGGGAGGUGGACUGUUACAGAGGUAUUUGGAAGAUCAACUGGCGCUCGUUGGAUCUGUUUACGAUUGUGGCGAUGAUUUUGAUGAUCAUGAUAAUCAAGAUCUUGAUCUUGAUGGUAGAACUCCACUUUUGAGUUGAUUUUGAGCUUUAUUAUUUUUAUUUUUUGUAAAUGGUUCAAUUAAUGUUGUUUAAUUUAGAUUUCCACUUUUUUUUUUCUGGAGAUUGAGUAUUUGUUGCUCUGAUUUAAACUUUGAAAAAGGAAAUGGAAAUUAGUUUUAAGUUUGUAAA